CGUGUGGUGUGGGAAUAAUGAAAAGUGGUAUUGUGUUUGAGGGAGUGAUGAGUAGUGUUGAAAUUUCGGAACAUGGUUGAUCAAAAAUGAGGAUGUUAAAUGGUACGGCUCUGACCCAAUUUCCCUUUCCUUCCCCUUCUCUCCUUCUUUUUGGUCCCCCAAAAUGGGGAUUUUAAGUGAACCUCAACUCACCCGAUCACAACCCUUUCUACAAUUAGAAACUUCUUUCUACAUCAACUCCUUUCCACUACUACCACCCCCUCCAUCUUCACUAUAUAUCCAUCCCCAAUCUAUAUUUAAUAUACCUAAUUAACAACUUGUUUACAAUUUCAAAUCCUUUUUUUUCUUCCAAAUUCUCUAAUACCUAUCAACUAAUUCUUUUUAAUUGAAUCAAACCAAAUAGAUUGCAAAACCCUGCGGCGACUACAAAUACUAUAUUAUACUAUUUGUUUAAUUUGUAGCAUUUAUUUAUUUCUCAACUAAUGAAAUCUUAAAAUAAUUAUUAUACAACUUUAGUGUUCAAAUUUUACUAAAAUGAUUUUCUCUCUUUUUUUGUUUUGUUUUUACAGUUUAAAAGUGAGGUAUGAUUGGCAUCUUUCUAUUAUUCUUACCCAUGCAUUUGCUAAGAAGCAGAAAUGCAACCUAAAUGAAUCCAAAUUCACAUGAAAUUCAACUCUCUCUUUUGAUUUAUUAAAACGCUAUAAAUAUAAUUCUCCAAUCCCCAAACCAAAACCCACUUUCCUGUGGGCUUGUUUUUUGAGUUUCUAUAUGUUUUGAUUCUUUGGUUUUUUUUUUUUUUUUUUUUUAAUUUUCAUUUUUACAAAUUGUAUAUAAUUCUUUUUCAAAUCCAAAUUCACAAUUACGGUACCUGUUUAAGCUCGCCGGGAUUUUGGCCGUCGGAUGGCGAAAGGACGGAAGUUAGGAAUUAACAGGAACGAAAGGUUCCUCGGGAGCUAUAGCAAUGGACACGCUCAAGCCUCCUAUAAUGGAGAUGACUCAUCAGAGCUCCGUGAAGAAGAUGUAUGGUCAAUAAUUGACAACAAAAACUCGGCCGACGCUGAAGAUGAGAAUUACGGGAACAUUACACUCAGAACUCGCCGGAGAUCAACGCCGCGCGAUGAACGAAACGUCGGUGGAGUGUCGAUUGCUUUUCAAGAUUCUGGAAGUAGGACGGCAGCAGCAACGUCGCAGGGGAAUAACCCACGUGGACGCCACGUGUCGGCAUCGGCUCCAGUGAACGUACCGGAUUGGAGCAAGAUUCUAUGGGCGGAGUCUUCGUUGCGGGAGAUGGACGAUGGAGGGUAUUACAACAACGAUGAGACAGAGAUGGUGCCGCCCCAUGAGUAUUUAGCGCGGGAAUACGCGAGGAGCCGGAACACGGCGGCAGCGACGUCGGUUUUCGAGGGCGUGGGCAGGACUCUGAAAGGCCGAGAUAUGAGAAGGGUUCGGGAUGCGGUUUGGAGUCAGACCGGGUUCGAUGGUUAAAAUUUUUCAAGUUUAGUUAAAAUUAAAAUUUAAAUGAAAGAAAUGGGGUUUUUUAUAAUAUUUCUAAUUUAGGGGUUUGGGCAGUGAUUCGGCCGAGUUGACUCAGUGAAAGCGAGUUAGAACGGUAACGAAUGAGCCCAAACAUAAUUUGUGGAGGCAAAUUCUUGGACUGUGUAUAUGGGGAUUGGUAAAGUGUAUGGUUUCGUUAGUUUGUGUGCAUUAAUGAACAGCCCUUGUUUGUUAAUUGUGACAUCAAAUUUAUAAAUAUUUAUCCAUACAUUCCAAACA